GCCUCCCUGGCUCCAGCCCCGCGUGAGGUCGCCUGCGCCGCGACUAUGUCGCGGGCACGCAGCCACCUGCGCGCCGCUUUCUUCCUGACAGCAGUUUCUCCGCGCGGUGCAACGUCCUGGAUCGCGGCGCGGCGAGAGUUGAGCGCGAGGCCCGCGCCGCAAGAGCCGGGCAUGGAGUAUCAGGAUGCUGUACGCACACUCAACACCCUUCAGACUAAUGCCAGCUACCUGGAGCAGGUGAAGCGCCAGCGAGGUGACCCCCAGAAACAGCUGGAAGCCAUGGAGCUAUACUUGGCACGGAGUGGGCUGCAGGUGGAGGACCUGGACCGGCUGAACAUCAUCCAUAUCACUGGGACCAAGGGGAAGGGUUCCACCUGUGCCUUCACUGAACGUAUCCUCCGAAACUAUGGCCUGAAGACAGGAUUCUUUAGCUCUCCCCACCUGGUGCAAGUGCGUGAGCGGAUUCGCAUCAACGGGCAGCCCAUCAGCCCUGAGCUCUUCACCAAGCACUUCUGGCGCCUCUACCACCGGCUGGAGGAGACCGAGGAUAGCAACAGCUGUGUCUCUAUGCCCGCCUACUUCCGCUUCCUCACGCUCAUGGCCUUCCACGUCUUCCUCCAAGAGAAGGUGGACCUGGCAGUGGUGGAAGUGGGUAUCGGUGGGGCUUACGACUGCACCAACAUUGUCAGGAAGCCUGUGGUGUGUGGGGUCGCUUCCCUUGGCAUCGACCACACCAGCCUUCUGGGGGACACGGUGGAGAAGAUUGCAUGGCAGAAAGGGGGCAUCUUCAAGCGUGGUGUUCCUGCCUUCACUGUGCUCCAGCCUGACGGUCCUCUGGCAGUGCUGAGGGAGCGCGCCGAGCAGACCUCAUGUCCCCUCUACCUGUGCCCACCGCUGGAGGCUCUGGAGGAAGGGGGGCCGCCGCUAACCCUGGGUCUGGAGGGAGAGCACCAGCGGUCCAAUGCUGCCUUGGCCUUGCAGCUGGCCCACUGCUGGCUGCAGCAAAAGGACCACCGAGGUGUCGGGGAGGUGAAGGCGACCAGGCCAAGCCUCCUGCGGCAGCUACCUCUGGCACCUGUGUUCCAGCCCACACCCCACAUGCGGCGCGGGCUUCGGGACACCGAGUGGCCGGGCCGGACUCAGGUGCUGCGGCGCGGGCCCCUCACCUGGUACCUGGAUGGUGCGCAUACCUCCAGCAGCGUGCAGGCCUGCGUGCGCUGGUUCCGGCAGGCGCUGCACCGCUGCAAGGAGCCCGGCAGCGGGACUGAGGUGCGUGUCUUGCUCUUCAACUCUACCGGGGACCGGGAUGCCGCGGCCCUGCUGAAGCUGCUGCAGCCCUGCCAGUUCGACUAUGCUGUUUUCUGCCCUAACCUAACAGAGGUGUCAUCCACGGACAACGCAGACCAGCAGAACUUCACAGUGACACUGGACCAGGUGCUGCUCCGCUGCCUGGAACACCAGCAGCACUGGAGCCGCCUGGAUGAGGAGCAAGCCUGUCCGGAGCCUGGCGGGCCCACGUCCUUGCUGCUGGCACCCCGCCCAGCGCACAGCCACAGCACCAGCUCCCUCGUCUUCAGUUGCAUCUCCCAAGCUUUGCAGUGGAUCAGCCAAGGUCGGGACCCUGUCUUUCAACCACACAGUCCCCCACGGGGCCUCUUCACCCACCCUGUGGCAGGCAGCGGGGCCAACGUACUCCGUGAGGCUGCUGCCAUCCACGUGCUGGUCACGGGAAGCCUGCACCUAGUGGGUGGUGUCCUGAAGCUGCUGGAGCCUUCCCUGUCCCAGUAGCUGAGGCGGCGGGGUUGGAGGUGGGGCCUCCCCACAUCUGCCCUGCACCUCUUGGUGAACUCCCAUAUAAGGUGCCUUUUGUUUUCUGCUUUCCUGAGUCUAUCUAGACUGGCCCAGGGGCCUGGGCUCUGGGCAGUGAAAUAGAGAGAUGGUGGGAGGCUGAGAUCAGACAUUCUCUGAGCCAGUGGCGUCCCUGGCCU